GAAUUGAAGCAUCCACCCAGAGAAGAAAAAGAUAAAGAAACACCCUAAUUUCUGACAUGUGCUCAUUUUCGAUUAGAAAGUCACCAAAUUCAUCAUUCAUCUUCCCAAAAUUCGCUCCUUUACUUGUAAGGCAUUGUUUGACUCUCCCAUCACUCGUUCCCAUUCUCAAACCGCCGAGAUUCCGCGUCGUCGCUUCUCUCUCCGGUACCUCAUGGGUCUCUCAAGCUUCCAAAGAAAAAUAUGGUGGUUGGGCUCUUAUUGAAGAUGAAGCUCCUCUUCCUCAUUGGAAAAGUAAAAAAAAGUGGCGGAAUGUUGUAAUCACUGGUGUUGGAUCGUCACUAAGCUCUAGACCAAUCGUAUCCGCAGCUUCCUCGACAAUCGACGCUGCUACCGUCUCUCCUCCGCAAUCUCAGAUUCUCAGCACUCGACGCUCUCUCCUCUCCGGCGAAACCACAGCUUCUGAGAUCGCAAAAUCCUACCUCUCCCGUAUCCGUCUCACCGAACCGCAGCUCAAAUGCUUCCUUCACAUAUCGGAGAAUGUCCUGAAAGAUGCUCAAGAGAUCGAUGCACGAAUCGCCAGAGGUGAGGAGUUAGGUCCUCUCGCCGGAGUUUUCAUCGGCGUCAAGGAUAACAUCUGCACGGAAGGCAUGCCUUCUACCGCCGCGUCUCGCAUCUUAGAGCAUUAUCGUCCUCCGUUCGAUGCGACGGCGGUGAAGAAGAUCAAGGAAUUGGGAGGGAUUGUAGUUGGGAAGACCAAUAUGGAUGAGUUCGGUAUGGGAAGCACAACUGAAGCUUCUGCAUUUCAGGUAACUGCGAAUCCAUGGGACUUGACCCGUGUACCGGGAGGUUCGUCAGGAGGUUCAGCAGCAGCUGUUGCAGCAAGACAAUGUAUGGUGUCUCUUGGUAGUGAUACUGGUGGAAGUGUGAGACAGCCAGCUUCGUUCUGUGGUGUUGUUGGUCUUAAACCAACUUACGGGCGUGUCUCUAGGUUUGGACUUAUGGCCUAUGCAUCUUCGUUGGAUGUGAUCGGUUGCUUUGGCUCUACGGUUGCUGAUGCUGGGAUGCUUCUUCAUGCUAUUUCCGGGUAUGACAGGUUCGACUCCACGAGUAGCAAACAAGAUGUGCCUGAGUUCCAAUCACAGUUUCUUUCUGUGGAUUCUUUUGAAUCUAAACCAUUGAAGGGAGUGAAAGUUGGUCUGAUUCGUGAGACACUUGAAGAAGGUGUUGAUUGUGGGGUGAGAUCUGCAACUCAGGAAGCUGCGUCUCACUUAGAAGCAUUGGGUUGUUUAGUGACAGAGGUGUCACUUCCUUCAUUCUCUCUGGGACUACCAGCCUACUAUGUGAUUGCCUCGUCUGAAUCAUCUUCGAAUUUAUCACGUUAUGAUGGUGUCAGAUAUGGGAAUCAAGUUAUGGCUGAAGAGCUCAAUAAGCUGUAUGAAUGUUCCCGUGGAGAAGGAUUUGGCGGAGAGGUGAAAAUGAGAAUCUUAAUGGGAACAUAUGCACUCUCUGCUGGUUACUACGAUGCAUACUACAAGCGAGCUCAACAGGUGAGAACAAUAAUUCGAAAAGACUUCAAAGCCGCUUUGGAUCAGAACGAUAUUCUUAUCUCUCCAGCAGCUCCAUCUGCUGCAUACAAGAUUGGUGAAAAGAAAGAUGAUCCAUUGGCAAUGUAUGCUGGAGACAUUAUGACGGUCAAUGUGAAUCUCGCGGGGCUUCCUGCGAUUGUAUUACCAUGUGGACUAGUCGAAGGAGGUCCCUCGGGUCUACCUGUUGGUCUUCAAAUUAUCGGUGCAGCCUUUGAUGAGGAGAAAUUGCUGAAAGUGAGUCACAUAUUUGAGCAGACUCUCAAAGGUUCAAGCUUUGUUCCUCCAUUGUUACCAAAUGUUGCCUAAACGUGAAAAGCAUGAAGGCUUUUUUUGUGCGUUUACUUCCAUGCUUUGUUUAGGUGAAGCGAAUUCAUUUGUAAUUUAACCUUCUAUAUAUCCCAUUUUUUACUAA